AUGCUCUUUGUCAUUCAGUCUUUUGUCUCUUUUUUAUUGUGGCACCUUGAUAUUACUUCCUCCUUAUCUAUCUAUCUAUCUAUCUAUACAUCUAUCUAUCCAUUAUGUAUCUAUAUGCCUGAUCAUUAUCUAUAUACCUAUGCAUGUUAUCUGUCUGUUCGUUAUCUAUCUCCCUCUCUUUAUCUAAGUCUUUUUGUAAUCUCUACAUAUUUUGUUUUUUUUUUCGUUAUCUCUCUUUAUAUCUCUGUCUGUCUGUUCAUUAUCUAUGUCUCUCUCUGUUCAAUAUCCAUCUUUCUGUCUGUUCAAUAUCUAUCUUUCUAUAACUGUUCCUUAUCUAUGUCUGUCCCUUAUCUAUCUAUCUAUCUAUCUAUCUAUCUAUCUAUCUAUCUAUCUAUCUAUCUAUGUGUAUAUGUCUGUUCCUUAUCUAUAUACCUAUAUCUAUUCCUUAUCUAUCUAGCUAUGUCUGUUAAUUAUCUAAGUCCUUUCAUGACAAAACAAAAUUUUGACUGCUAUCUAUGCCUGUUCCUUAUCUAUCUAUCUAUCUAUCUAUCUAUCUAUCUAUCUAUCUAUCUAUCUAUCUAUCUAUCUAUCUCCGUUGCUUAUCUAUGUCUGUUCCUUAUCUAUAUACCUAUAUCUGUUAAUUAUCUAAGUCUUUUCAUGACAAAAAAAUUUAGACUGCUAUCUAUGUCUGUUCCUUAUCUAUCUAUCUAUCUAUCUAUCUAUCUAUCUAUCUAUCUAUCUAUCUAUCUAUCUCCGUUGCUUAUCUAUGUCUGUUCCUUAUCUAUAUACCUAUAUCUGUUAAUUAUCCUGUUCUUUUUCAUGACAAAAAAAAAAUUUACUGACUAUCUAUCUAUGUCUGUUGACUAUCUAUCUAUCUAUCUAUCUAUCUAUCUAUCUAUCUAUCUAUCUCUGUUCCUUAUCUACCCAUGUCUGUUCUUUAUCUAA